UUCUAGAACAUAUCUAAUUGUGCAGGAAAGCUCUUUUUUAUUUUUAUUUUUUUCUGGCUAGGGUGGAUAAACGGCUUUACAUUGUAGAAUUCUCGGAUGACGUACAAAUUGGUACGCAUUCCUUUACAUUCGAUCAUGUUUAUGGGAGUACGGGGUCUCCCUCUUCUACCAUGUACGAAGAGUGUGUUUCUCCUCUUGUUGAUGGCUUGUUUCAAGGAUAUAAUGCAACUGUUCUUGCCUAUGGUCAGACGGGUUCAGGAAAAACUUACACUAUGGGCACUAGUCUCAAAGAUGGAUGCCAUACGGGAUUGAUCCCCAAAGUUAUGGAUGCUUUAUUCAGCAAGAUUGAAACUUUGAAGCACGACAUUGAAUUCCAAUUGCACGUUUCAUUCAUUGAAAUACACAAAGAGGAAGUCCGAGACUUGCUAGAUCCCAGUUCUGCUAGCAAAUUAGAGACAGGAAAUGGACAUGCAGGGAAGGUAACAAUUCCUGGGAAACCUCCCAUACAAAUUCGUGAAACAUCAGAUGGCGUAAUUACCCUUGCUGGAUCUACGGAACGCAGCGUCAAAGCGCUAAAAGAAAUGGCCAAUUGCCUGGAGCAAGGAUCACUAUGCAGGGCAACAGGGAGCACAAACAUGAACAAUCAAUCGAGGUUGGUGUUGCAAU